AUGGAUGCCCCAGAUGAGACCUCGAGAGCCCCCUCACAGGAGCCGGAGAAUCCAAAUUGCUAUUUGGUACAUAGUCUCCUUAAUACCAUCCCGGUAACAGAGCUCGAGAGCCCUGUACUACCCGAAGAUUCACCAGUUGUUACCUCGCAAACGCUGGUUUAUUCAACCGUUUUAGAUCCGCUGGAGCAGAACCUCAUCUUGCGAUAUCUACAUUCAAGAUGCCACUCUUGGAAUCGUCUUCAGACAGAAGGAUAUGUUCUUGGUUCCGGUCCCCAUGAAGUCAAGAGAACCCCAUCCAAAGCGUCCAUUGAAAUCUAUGACUUUCGCAGCCCACCUCAUACCAACAUACAAGCAGCGGGAAGGAUCAAUGCAAUAGCAAUUGACUGUGAGAUGGUUGGAGUCAGAAAGGGUUGCCAAACGCUCGCUUUUAUUAGUGCUAUCAAUUUCUUGACAGGCGAAGUGCUCAUAAGUCGCUUUGUUGAUCCAGUCGAGGAUGUGGUUGACUGGAGGACUAAGUUCAGUGGCAUAACAAAGACCAUUAUGGCCAGCGCGAUUAUCUCCGGCGCAGCAUUUAGAAGCUGGAGAGAGGCGCGUGACAAAUUAUGGGAGUAUAUGGACGACUCAACUAUCUUGGUCGGUCAUUCUCUCAACCAUGAUCUCGAAGUACUAGGCAUGUUCCAUGCGAAAGUUGUUGACUCUGCCAUCUUGACUGCUGAGACUGUUUUCCCUUCCAUCAUACCGACGAAGCGAUUGACCCGCAUGUGGGGGCUGAAAAGACUUGCGAAGGACCUCUUGAACCUGGAUAUACAGACUAGCAAUCGUGGGCACAAUGCUUUGGAAGACUCAUAUGCAGCACGAGACAUUGUUAUCUGGUGUAUCAGAAACCCGGAGGAGCUCAAAUUAUGGGCAGAAAAUGCUCGACACCAAGAGGAAGAGCGCAAGGCCGCACAAAGUCGAAAUAGACAUGGCAAGGGCAGGUCCAAGGGGAAGUUGCCUACCAUCCGUUCUACUCAAAACUGGGAAUACGAUUCUGAAAAUGAUGAUUAUUCGGAAGGAUUUAGAUUGUCUGAUCUCGCGGAGGAGUUAGGAUGGCCUCAAGGAUAUGAUCCUUGGUCUGAUUGA